CCGACAACUCCUCUGCCAUUGCUCAGUGCCUCCCUACACACUCUCAUCCGUUCUAUUGUUCUGCUCUCCCCCUCGCUUAUCCCUGAUCGUAGCUCCUCUCUCUCUCUCUCUCUCUUAUUCUCUUUCUCUUUCUGGUUGAAAGCCUGCACAUUUUGUACUUGGUGGUCAGUGAAACGCAGGCGAAUCUUUACUUCUCUGGUCUCAUCCUUCAUCUCUUUUCCGUCUGCAGUCUCUGUCCGGCUGCCAGAGUUUUAGUUAUAGGAACAUAAUGGUACAGUCCAAGAAGUUUAGAGGAGUCAGGCAACGCCACUGGGGCUCCUGGGUUGCUGAGAUAAGACAUCCUCUCCUCAAGCGACGGGUGUGGCUGGGCACCUUCGAGACGGCGGAGGAGGCGGCGCGAGCCUACGACGAGGCCGCGGUGCUCAUGAGCGGCCGCAACGCCAAGACCAACUUCCCGGUGCACCGGGCGUCCGAGGGGGAGGACGCUGCCGCCGCCCACUCGUCCUCCAAGGCCCUGGCGGAGGUCCUCAGCGCCAAGCUCCGUAAGUGCUGCAAGACCACCCCGUCCCCCUCGCUCACCUGCCUCCGCCUCGACACAGAGAAGUCCCACAUCGGCGUGUGGCAGAAGCGCGCCGGCACCCGCGCCGACUCCAGCUGGGUCAUGACCGUGGAGCUCGGGAGCGUCGGCAGCGGCGGGCAGGAGACCAGCGAGGCGACGAUGGCGCCGUCGCCGCUCGCGGGGGAGGGCACGUCGUCGCAGGAGGCGGUCGGAGAGAUGGACGACGAGGAGAGGCUGGCGUUGCAGAUGAUAGAAGAGCUCCUCAGUAGGAACCGCCCGACCUCCUCCUCUUCACAUGCAGGGAUGGAAGGUGAAGAUCACAGCUUCUUCCUCUAAUCCGGUAGGUGUCAUAUGGUUUGGUUUGCUGCUGCGCUCAGUAUCAUUACCGAUCUAGCUAUGAAUACAACCAUAAACAGAUCAGUUCAUCCGCUUUAUCAUCCGCAUACGUCGCCAUUAAGCUCAUCAAGCAGUCUCUCAUUUCAUGAACGCUUCAUCCUUGCGAAUAGUGCUCCUCUAGCUUACUGUGUAUCUUUGUUUCCUCAUCUUAAUGCAUGCAAUUAUGUCAUUACCGUGAAAGUGAUGUGGGCGGAACAAAGUAGUCUUGAUUGCAACUCACCUUUCCCUCAGUGACUGUAAU